UCGCCAUGCAGCUGUGUCUCCGCUUUGACAAAGUGGUUACUAACUUUUAACCAACCCAACUUCCAUUGGUAGCAGGAAGUCAUGGAUUGGAUUGCAGAAGCGAUUUUGAACGUUCCCUUGACUGGGAUUCCGGCGCUCAAACCAUGAAACUAAGCCCACGGCAUUUUCGUUCACUGACGAAAUCGUUAGCUCCUAAUCAUUCCUUUUCAUAUCUGACCCGUUUUCAAAAACCCACUGCUUCGUCCCCUCGUCCCUUUUCUACGCAAGCCCAGUUGGAUCAGCAGUCGUUCCCGCCAAAAGUUUUCUUCAAGCCGGACGCCAGAAGAGAUCAAGAGCAACUGAUUGACAGUUUGUGCGGGGAAAACAAAUUCAAAGAAGCAAUUGAAAUCUUAUGCCAACAAAAGCGUUUGAAAGACGCUAUCCAAUUGCUCCAACACCACAUACGACUCCCCUCUGCUGCUAUUUGUUCAACCCUUUUGCAAUUUUGCAUUAGGCAGCGAGCUUUAGAGGAGGGGAAAAGAGUUUAUGAUCUGAUCAGGCGAUCUAAUUUUGUACCUGGAGUUUUUAUUUCGAAUAAGAUUCUUGAUUUGUUUUGCAAGUGUGGGAGUCUUGAAGAUGCGCGUAGACUGUUUGAGGAGAUGGGCAAGAGGGACUCGUGUUCCUGGAAUACGUUGAUAUAUGGGUAUGCGAAAAUUGGUCGUAUUGAUGAAGCAAGGAAAUUGUUCGAUGAAAUGCCCGAAAGAGAUCAUUUUUCGUGGACUGCGAUGGUAUCCGGUUAUGUUAGGCAUAACAAGCCAAGCGAUGCGCUUGAGUUGUAUAGGUUGAUGCAAGAGAGUGGCAAAGUAGUCUGUAAUAAGUUUACAGUUUCCAGUGCUCUCUCAGCUGCUGCUUCUAUGCAGUCUUUAUACUCGGGCAAGGAGAUUCAUGGUCACAUUAUUAGGGGUGGAUUGGAUUCAGAUGCAGUGGUUUGGAGUGCAUUAUCUGAUAUGUAUGGAAAAUGUGGGAGCUUAGAUGAAGCCAGGUAUGUUUUCGAUACGACGUUGGAGAAGGAUGUCGUAUCAUGGACAGCAAUGAUCGAUAGGUAUUUUGGUGAUGGAAAGUGGGAAGAGGGGUUCUUGUUGUUCUCAAAUUUGUUGAAGUCAGGAAUUAGGCCUAAUGAGUUCACAUUUGCUGGGGUUCUAAAUGCUUGUACGCAGAAUACUACAGAGGGCUUAGGUAAGCAGGUUCAUGGGUACAUGAUGCGGUUGGGGUUUGAUCCGUUUUCAUUUGCAGGAAGUGCUCUUGUUCAUAUGUACUCGAAGUGUGGCAAUAUGGAGACUGCAUAUAAGGUUUUCAGAUGGCUGCCAAGACCUGAUUUAGUAUCGUGGACCUCGUUGAUUAAUGGUUUUGCUCAGAGUGGUCAACCCCAUGAAGCUCUCAGGUUGUUCAAGUCGCUGCUUGAAACAGGUAUUAAGCCUGAUCAUGUUACGUUCGUUGGGGUCCUUUCUGCUUGCACCCAUGCUGGUUUAGUGAACCAAGGGCUUAGAUAUUUCUACUCAAUAAAAGAACAGCAUGGAUUAGCUUAUACUGCAGAUCACUAUGCUUGUGUGAUUGAUCUCUUGAGCCGAGCUGGUAGAUUUGGAGAAGCUAAAGACAUAAUCAGUAAUAUGGCCAUGAAGCCUGAUAAGUUCAUGUGGGCUUCCUUACUUGGUGGUUGCAGAAUUCAUGGAAAUCUUGACCUUGCGAAGCAAGCAGCUGAAGCUCUGUUUGAAAUUGAACCCGAGGAUGCAGCUUCUUAUGUAACUCUUGCAAAUGUCUAUGCCACAGCUGGCAAAUGGAGUGAGGUGGCAAAGAUUAGAAAAAUGAUGGACGAGAAACGAGUGGUAAAGAAACCAGGCAUGAGUUGGAUUGAGAUGAAAAGAAAAACUCACAUCUUCUUAGUUGGGGAUCAGUCUCAUCCCAGGUCCAAGGAAAUAUACGACUUCCUGGGAGAGAUUUCAAAGAAAAUGAAGGAAGAGGGUUAUGUGCCUGAUACAGAAUAUGUGCUGCAUGAUGUAGGAGAGGAACAAAAGGAGCAAACCCUCUUCUAUCACAGUGAAAAGCUUGCAAUUGCGUUUGGGAUUAUUGCUACUCCGCCAGGGACACCAAUAAAAGUGUUCAAGAAUUUGAGGACUUGUGUGGACUGUCACACUGCUAUUAAAUUUAUUUCAAAGAUCUCAGAUAGAAGAAUUACUAUACGGGAUUCAGCUCGAUUCCAUUAUUUUGAAGGCGGAAGCUGUUUAUGUAAAGAUUAUUGGUGAUCCUGGAUGAUAGAUUUUUUAGAAUGUAUACUUCAGGUUAGGAGAUUAAGAUAUGGAGAAGACUGCAUUGCACCAUCUGAUCAAAACAGAUUAGCACCCGUGCUAUUGGAUCAUAAUCAAUUUUCUUUUCCAUUCCUAAGACACAUCUUAUGAUA